AUGAGGGAUUUUUCCAGAGCCGAUUUAUUGCAAAGCAAAAAGUCUAGUGAUAUAGAGGCAGUCGCAGAGGCAGAAAUUGCAAUUACAGAAGAUGAGGUGGCGGAAAGGGAAGCUGAGGCAGAUGCUGCUCAGUGUUUUGUGGAGGCAGCUACGAAGGCAUUGAAAUGCGAUAUUAUCCUAUACCAGCAGAUGGCCACCACCACUCAUUGCAUCUCUGGAUCUUGGCAGUGCACUGCCUAUUUUUCGCAAGCAAGUCUUUAUGAUGUUAAUAAUCCUGCUAAAACUGCACUACUGGUGCGAACAGAUGAGUUGGGCUUCACACAUUCAUCUGUUGCAGAACCAUUCCAUUCCCAACUCUUUCCAAGAACUUCUCUGAAAUUCAAGAAAACUUCAAAACAAGAAGUCAAAUCCUUCAUAAUGGACGAGUGGGCCAAUGUUAGCUUAGAAGGAGCCUCCAGUACACAAGAUGAUGAUGAUGAAAAUAGUUGCAUUGUUGUCUUUGAAGCUGCAACUAGAAACAGGUACAGAACCAUGUGCCGGAUUGGGACUGCAUCAGGUCUUUCAGUGUACAGAUGUGCGUACAUUGCAGAAAACUUCAAUGACUAUUCAAGAAUUGGGAUUCAUGAUGUCUUUUUUUCUCUGAAAUUGGUCAAAGUCAAUCAACAAGAGGCCUUCAACAAGCUGAAUCGAGAAGUUGAAAGAAAUUGCUUACUCCCUCAUCAUGAAAACCUCAUGGGAAUCACUAAAUCAUUUGUGGACAAUGAGAAAUUAUGUGUGGUGUUCCCAUACAUGGAUGUGGGAUCCCUCCGAUCCAUCACUGCUGCGAAAUUCCCUGAAGGUCUUCCAGAACACUGCAUUGUACUUUCUCUCAGGGAAACUCUAUCCGGUCUUUCGAUUAUCCACGCAAAUGGACUCAUCCACAAAGAAAUCAAUGCUGGCCAUAUUUUCUUUAGUUCAAAACCUGAAAUCAAGCUGGGAUAUAGCGCCACUAUAUACGAACACAAACUCGAACAUGGUAGUGUUCAGGCCUCUUCUUCCUCAGUUCUGCCUAGUUAUUCGAUAUGCGAAUGGGCUGCAGCGCCCGAGGUUUAUGGCACACAAAAUCAUUCCAAGGCUUCUGAUAUAUGGAUGAUUGGUAUAACUGCUUUGGAGUUGGCUUAUGGUGACCUUCAGGUGCGUGACAGGGAUAGUUUUGAGGACAUGGUGAGAACAAUAUGCAAGAAUAAAUGUUUGCCAAAGAAAGAACAGAAUGAGAACCCUAACCCUAACAAGAAAAAAAUGGGUUUUCUCAAAGGAUUGAUUCCAUCGUGUGCUGUUCCAGUUAAGUAUAAUGGAAGAGAGUUUUCGAAGGAUUUCGUGAAGAUGGUUGUCAAGUGUCUGAAUUGGGACGCUGAAAAGAGGCCAGAUGCUAAUGAGCUUCUCCGCUAUGAUAUCUUCAACAGGUACAUGGACAUUUACUUCUUUCGAAAUGAGAUUAGCUUAGGAGGGCGUAUACUUGGAGACUGGAGAACAAGUUAA